AUGGAGGAAAAAGUGGACAAUGUCAUUCUGGAGGAUAUCUUUUACAAGAUACCAGAAAAGAGAACAAAGAAGAGCAAGCAGCAGAGAAUACCAACACAAAUGCAACAAAACAGAAACAAUCAUACCACUAUCAGAGAUGUCAUCCUCUUGGGAUUUGAAGGUCUCCAUAACAUCAGAUUCUUCAUCUUCUUCCUGUUACUUGUGAUCUACUGCGUGACAAUAUGUGGAAACCUACUGAUCAUUGUAUUGGUGUACUACAGCAAAGUCCUCCAAUCUCCCAUGUACGUCUUCCUCACCCAACUUUCUAUUUCUGACAUCAUGCUGACCACCGACAUCGUACCAAAUUUACUUUGCGUCGUACUUUACGAAAACGGAACAAUGUCUUUUGAAAGCUGCAUUUUCCAGUUAAAUUUCUUUAUAUUCUCAGAAUCUUCAGAGUGUUUUAUCCUGACAGUGAUGUCUUAUGAUCGGUAUUUGGCCAUCUGUAAACCCCUAAAUUAUAUGUCUAUAAUGAAGCACACAUUUUGCAUGAAACUGGCCGGCAUUUCUUGGCUUUUGAGCCUUUAUGUCAUGUUUAUUAGCACCAUGACAACGCUAAGUCUGGACUACUGUGGCCCAAACAUUAUUGACCAUUUCUUCUGUGAUGCUGCACCACUGUUAAAACUUUCUUGCUCAGAUACCUCCAAGGUUGAAAAGACGAGAAUGUUUCUCGCCAUCCCUAUGCUUUUCUUACCUUUCAUCUUCAUCGUGGUUUCUUAUACUUAUGUCAUUAUCGCCAUCAUGAAAAUUCCAUCCACUACAGGAAAGGAAAAAGCCUUCUCUACCUGCAGUUCCCACCUAACCAUUGUCUGCAUUUUUUAUAUAAGUCUGAUUAGCAUGUACGGUCUUCCAACUUCUGAACAUUCUUCUACAUUAAGCAAAAUACUCUCCAUUCUGUACACUGUGGGGACACCAUUGAUAAACCCAAUUAUAUACAGCCUGAGAAAUAAAGAUAUAAAAGUAUCCUAUGACAAGUUAAUAAAGAAUUUUGUAAAUUUUCAUUACCUUUUAAACUGA